AAAUUAUGUAACUCCCUUUGCCACAAUUUAUGUUGUUUAUUUUUUUAAAUUCUUCUAAGAUAAUAUUUUAUUUAUGUUCUUAAAAAUUAUUUAAAUUUGAAUUUAUAAGUUUGCUCUUCAUAAUCAUAAGACUUAUUAUAUAAGUUACAAGUUUCAAAAUUACUACUCAUAUUUUGUAAAAAUAAUUUCUGCCAUCUUACCUCACAACCUCAACGGUUGAGGAGGGAGUAAGUAGUAAUUAUACAAAUUAACGUAGAUGAAGAAAAAGAAAAAGAAAAAGAAAAAGAAAAAAAAAAGAGCAGUCGUUUGACAGCUAGGGUUUAAUGUAAAGUUUUGUCUCUUUUCUUCUCCAUUGAUUUCAAAAUCAUAUAUUUGGGGAUUUCUGCAAAUCCCUAAAAUUGAUAGAAGUUGGCUAUCUGCAAACUUUGGAGUGCUCAGCAUAUUGGUAGAAUAUGGGUCGUUUUAGGAAUAAGAGCAGGAAGCCGUUUGUCAAGCCAAUUGGGGGGAAGGCGCCAACGGUCGACCAUGUUACUGGCGACAAGAUUCCAAAGAGCUUCGUGUUUUCAAGGGGGAAGCUUCCUGGUCCUCUCAAACAGUUGCAAAUGGACUUGAGGAAAUUGAUGCUUCCUUAUACGGCUCUCAAGCUCAAGGAAACGAAACGAAAUAUUCUCAGAGAUUUCGUGACUCUUGCUAGUGGUAUGCAUGUCACACAUUUCCUAAUAUUAUCAAAAACUGACUCUGCACCAUACUUGAGGGUUGCCCUAAUGAAGCACGGUCCAACUUUAACGUUUAAGAUACAUAAGUAUUCGCUGGCUGCUGACAUUGCUCAAUCUCAACUCCGUCCAAGAUGCCCUCUGGAACUUUUCAAAACCCCACCGUUGAUUGUGCUAUCUGGUUUUGGGACAGGGGAACAACAUCUAAAACUCACUACAAAUAUAUUCCAGACCAUUUUUCCUGCCAUUGACAUAAAUACUGUCAAACUGUCUUCAUGCCAAAGGAUAGUAUUGCUUAAUUACGACAAAGAAACAAAGCUUAUUGAUUUCCGGCAUUAUUCUAUCAGAUUACAGCCAGUGGGCGUUUCUCGCCGGAUCAGGAAAUUUGUGCAAAACCAUCAAGUGCCUGAUCUAAGAAGUCUUCAAGAUGUUAGUGACUUCUUGACUAAGGCUGGUUAUGGAUCUGAAAGUGAAGCGGAUGACGAGGCAGCGACUGUAAAUCUGUCAUCUGAUAUUGGAAGAGUUAACCGAGCUUCUACGAAAAGUGCUGUCAAACUUCAAGAGAUUGGACCUAGAAUGACUCUUCAACUAGUCAAGAUUGAACAGGGUCUCUGUGCUGGUGACGUCCUUUUCAAUGAAUACGGUAAUGUCAACGCAAAAAAAUCGGAAAAUGAAGAAGAGAAUGAACAAGAAAGUGAUGAAGAGAUGGAUAGAGAUGAGCAGGAAGAUGAAGAAGAGCAAGAGCAAGAAACUGAAACGAGUUAGAAGAAGAUUAGCUCUUUAAUUAUGUUUACUUCUGUUCUUGUUUUAAUUUGUAUUGCCAAUAUAUGUAGUCAGAUGCUGGAAGAGGUAAGAAAAUCAUUUUUGAAUUGGGAAUUUGCUCUUAUGAGCCACUCAACUACAGUAAUCUAGUAACUACACCUUUUCCUCAAA